GCUAGUUAAAGCCAUUGCACGACUCAUGCGAUGUGUCAAAGAGCUCAAGGGUCUGAUGUGCAGAACAAACGAAGUCACCAGUCUUGAUGAGAGGAAAGAGGCAGAGUUUUUCAUCAUAGCUACUGUCCAAAACGAACUGUUUUCCGAAGAAAUCAAAGACCUGAAAUCGAAGGAGACAAUUACAAGAGAUCGUGCGAAUAGACUGCGCAAACUGAAUCCCUUCUUGGAUGAAAAGGGUGUGUUAAGAGUGGGAGGUCGGCUGGAGCAUGCAGAUUUACACCCACACAUCAAACACCCAGUGGUCUUACCGAGCAAAACUCACAUAUCAAGGUUACUGAUUGAACACUUCCAUCAAAAGGUUCAUCACCAGGGACGUGGGAUGACUAUGAAUGAGCUGCGAUCAAAUGGCAUUUGGCUACUAGGAUGUAGUCACGCAGUGUCCUCCUACAUCUACAAGUGUGUCAAAUGUAGGAAAUUCAGAAGGAGUGCUGAAGUACAAAGAAUGGCAGAUUUACCGCGUGAAAGAGUUGAAACAGCGCCUCCCUUUGCCUAUUGUGGAAUGGACUGCUUUGGCCCGUUUCACGUUAAGGAGGGAAGAAAAGAGCUUAAACGCUACGGUCUGCUAUUCACAUGUCUGUGCUCUCGUGCUGUGCAUAUAGAGCUUCUCGACGACAUGACCAGUGAUGCCUUUAUUAAUGCUCUUCGAACCUUUAUCGCCAUACGUGGAAGUGUUCGACAGCUUCGGUCAGAUCAGGGCACCAACUUUGUUGGAGCAAGACGAGAGUUCUUGGAAUCUACAAAGGAAAUGGACCAAGAAAGCCUAAGGAAACUAGGUUGUGAAUUUAUCAUGAACCCAGCAUCUGCCAGCCAUAUGGGUGGGGCCUGGGAAAGGCAGAUCAGGACGAUUAGAAGUGUUUUGACAUCCAUUCUGGAUCAUUCAUCCAAAAGACUUGACACUUCAUCCUUGCGUACCUACCUUUAUGAAGUCAUGGCGAUCAUAAAUAGUAGGCCUUUAACAACUCACCUGUUGAAUGAUCCCACUAGUCCACAGCCUCUUACGCCGAAUCACAUCCUGACCAUGAAGUCUUCAGUGGUUUUACCACCACCUGGUGAGUUUGUGAAGGAAGACCUUUAUCUUCGCAAGAGAUGGCGCAAGGUGCAAUACCUGGCCAAUGAAUUUUGGACCAGAUGGAAAUCGGAAUACUUGCUGAAUCUUCAACAGAGAGAAAAAUGGUACAAAACACAGAGAAAUGCCAAGAUCAAUGACAUUGUGAUGCUGAUGGAUAAUAGUCUACCCAGAAAUGAGUGGAAGUUGGCAAAGGUAACCAAGGUGUACCCUAGUGAGAAUGGAAUUAUUAGGAAACUCAAGCUGCUAAUCAGUGAUGCGACAUUGGAUGACCAAGGGAAAAGAGUUAAUAAGCCAGUGUAUCUCGAGAGACCCAUCCACAAAACAGUUACCCUACUUGAAGCUGAAUAGUUCAGAACUCCUGUCUCUGUAACUUAUGUUUGACCCAAGAGACUAUCUACACCUUUUUUUUUUGAUUGCAACGAAGUUCAGUUGAAAAUCACCAGUGAUUUGGUGGGAGUGUGGCUGCCGUCAGCAGCAGUUAUGCAGUUUAAGAUAAUUUCAAGGUUUAAGUUACAAUAAAUAAGUUAAAAAUACUUUAAUUUUUAAUAUAUUAGAUUUAAUGUAUACAUUGUCGGUUUAAAAUACACAUUUGAAGGUUUUACAGAAUGUUUCCAGGGUGGAACCAAUGUUCAGUCUGUUGUUUGGGGUUGACAAUAUUUUCAGUUGCACGCCACACUCGAUAGAGCGCAGCAUGCGUUCUUCUCUCUCUCUCGGUGGCAGAGCUAUGCAGAAGCAUGCAACGAAGUUUUCCAGCAGUGAAAAGGAGUGACACUGUAAAUUGUGUUUUCAUUAACCCCUGCAAGUUAAUGCGGCCAAUGAGUUCUCACGGCAUCGUCGGUGGCACCUGUGUGCAAUAAAUGCCAGUAAAAAUCAAGAACGCCUUGUGUCCGUUUUUUCAUCUUGGAGGGAGUUACAAGUAGGG